GCUGGGCCAUCUUAAUUUCGGCCUAUUUGAACGAAAGCCCAUGUUCUCUCUCUUUUUGAGCUGACAGCAUCCAUUUUUAUUUGCUCUCAUCUCCCCUUUUUAUAAACAGCACAGAUUCCUUCUUUUCUUUCUUCUUCAUUCACAUUCCCAUUGGGUUCUUUGAACCCUGUAUUUGUAAUGAACAGCAAUAGCAAUAAACCCAUCUUCCCAGUUUCAGCGCUAUGGCUAUGAAACAACCAAAAGGAGAAGAAGCUUUCGUUAUUCCUUAUGGACAAAAAUUACUCAAAUUGGGCACAGGCUUUGGCCACUGCUUGGUGUUUCAUGAUGCUGUUGGGGCUUUUGUGUUGUUGUCUCAGCACCAAUCCCCGCCACCACGAUGACUCCUCCGCCGCUAAUUCCAGCUGCACUUGUGACGGCGGUUAUGCAGGAGCCUUACUUUUCCCUUUACCCCUCUCCUUUAUUGGAAUACUCUUAUUCUGUGAAGUGGAAGGUCUAGACUUUGUCUCUGAGGAUGAUCCCUUUUGGAACUUUUUGGAGGAAACUCUUUCGAAGAAAUUCCAUGAUGAAACUGACUUGACUCUUUUCAUCUAUGACAACAUCGUUUGCCUCUGUCACAGUGACGUGACCCAUCUGUUGGUUUACAGAAACAUGCAGCAGAAGAAAAUAGAAUCGUUAAGCAUUCUAAUUCCUUAAUUUUGACAUCAACAUAAGCAUGUUCAUGGGAUAUCAAAAGGUUUCAUUACAUACUUUGGAAGAUCCUCUUCUUCAAUGAAAUUGAGCUGCAAUCUUCUUCAAUUCAGGCCAUGGACCACCACUAGAGCUUCUCUACUAUUUUCUAGGAGCUUUAGAUUGAGUUGUGGAACUCAAAACAAGCUUGAACUUAAGGAAAUUGGAGGAGGGGUUUUCUGGUUUUUCAACUUGUUAAAGAACAACUUCUUCAACUUUCAAAACUCGGCAAUUAAGCAAUUGCAUCUCCUUUUCCACCCAAUUAAGAGUGGUUUUAAUACAUGACACUCAUGCAAA